AAGAAAGAACGUCAUCUGUUUCGAACAUGUAGAAAAGCAAUUUAUCCUCAUUAUUUCGGCAUAUUCCGCAUUCGUUACCAAAAUAAGGUAUCCCUCUGUACUUAUAUUGCAGUAGGGAUGUGGUUGGGUGUCAAACAUGUAUAAAAAACCACACAGUCAAAGGCGAGAACAGUUGAAAGGAGAACUGACCGUGUGAAUUCAACUGCAUUGCUACCUAGCUAGUUCUGGGCGCUAGCUUUAUAGCUGGCUAGGAUAAAAGGAAGAAAUAUAGCCUAACUACAUGGUUAGUUAGACAGGGAGGUCGAGAUAAGAAAAUUACGUCGGCAGUCUGGAACGUGGAGAUUUGAAGGAGGACAGUUUCAUCCUGAAAACCAGACAGUUAUCAAUCCCAGGUGUAUGACCUGUGUGUAUUUGUGGAAUAUAUACAUGGUACCAUCACUGUGGUUUGCAAGCGACACUGGAGAAGUCUGGAUAAACCUGUAUGAGCUGGUGGAAAGACCCUGAUCAGACCUGACCUGGUGACGGUGGCCUGAGCCAUGGGGGCGUUCCUGGACAAGCCCAAGACGGAGAAGCACAACGCGCACGGAGAGGGCAACGGCCUGCGCUAUGGCCUGAGCAGCAUGCAGGGCUGGCGUGUGGAGAUGGAGGAUGCACACACGGCGGCCGUGGGUCUCCCGCACGGCCUGGACGACUGGUCUUUCUUUGCCGUCUACGACGGCCACGCCGGCUCCCGCGUCGCCAACUACUGUUCCAACCACCUGCUGGAGCACAUCGUGGCCGCCGGCUCCGCCGACAAACUGCGACAGGCGGGGGCGCCCGCUCCCGAGUCACUAGCGGUGGAGGCGGUCAAGAGCGGCAUCCGCGCCGGCUUCCUCAACAUCGACGAGCACAUGCGCAGCUUCACCGACCUGCGCAACGGGAUGGAUCGAAGCGGAUCCACGGCGGUGGCGGUGCUGCUCUCUCCCGAGCACCUCUACUUCAUCAACUGCGGCGACUCGAGGGCGCUGCUCUGCAGAAACGGCCACGUCUGCUUCUCCACGCUGGACCACAAGCCCUGCAACCCACGCGAGAAGGAGCGCAUCCAGAAUGCUGGCGGAUCGGUCAUGAUCCAGAGGGUCAACGGCUCACUGGCAGUCUCUCGGGCACUGGGCGACUACGACUACAAAUGUGUGGAGGGAAAGGGCCCCACCGAACAGCUGGUAUCCCCCGAACCAGAGGUCUUUGAGAUUGUGCGAUCAGAGGCAGAGGAUGAGUUUGUAGUGCUGGCCUGCGACGGUAUCUGGGACGUGAUGAGCAACGAGGAGCUGUGUGCCUUUGUCCGGGCGAGGCUGGAGGUUACGGACGAUUUGGAGAAAGUUUGCAACGAAGUGGUGGAUACAUGUCUACACAAGGGAAGUCGAGAUAACAUGAGUGUUGUGUUAGUGUGCUUGCCCAAUGCACCCAAAGUGUCAGAGGAGGCGGUGAAGAAAGACGCAGAGCUUGAUAAGUUCCUUGAGUCCCGUGUGGAAGAGCUCAUAGAGAAAGCAGGGGAGGAGGGUAUUCCUGACCUGGUCCAUGUCAUGAGAAACCUCGCCGCAGAGAAUAUCCCCAACCUCCCACCAGGGGGAGGUCUUGCCAGCAAGCACAGUGUUAUUGAGGCUGUGUAUAACAGACUGAACCCACACAGGGAGGAGGAUGGGAAUAACGCAGACAUUGAGGACCCCUGGUAGCUGUCAAGCAUAAACGCCUGUCCCCCGUUGAGGACUCUGUUCUACAGAAGGCAUCUUUUGCUCACAUUUUUUUUUUUUUUUUGCUUUCCCCCCCCCAAGAUGCAGAGAGAUCAUUUGGACCAUAAAUCAAGAUUCAAAACAAUAAAAUUACAACACAACCCAUU